UUUUGAAAAAUAUAAACCAGGAUGGACGACUAUCAUCAGAUCCUCGACUCUGACGACGGGAAAGACUGUUAUGACCAGAACAGAGAAGCCGAUCUGACUGAAUUCAAGAGAUAUGGGAGGGAUGGCGGUAUCAACAAAUGACUCCUUACGAUCAUAUUCAUACAUGCAUUUUGUACGAACAUACUCAUCAAUUUUGACCAUGGCACUAUUCCAGCCGCUGUAACUCAUAUUAAAACGGAACUUGAUAUUGAUAAUGCAAAUAUGGGAAUUUUAGGGUCUCUAGUAUACGCUGGAAUCACUUUUGGAGCUUUAUUUACAGCACAGAUUUAUAAAAUAUUUAACCCAAAGUAUGUUCUAUCUGCAUCUCUGAUCCUUAAUGCAGUGUCAUUGAUUUUAUUCCCUCUCUCACAAAAAUUUUGGGUGCUGUGAUUAUCACGAGCUCUCGUAGGAGUUUGCCAAACAUUUACAUGAGUGUUUGUCCCAAUUUGGAUCGAUAUUUUUGCGCCUAAAAGUCGGAAAACUAUCUGGUUAACUCUCUCCCAACUAGCUGUUCCUUUAGGAGUUGUGGUUGGAUAUAGUAUCACAAGUAUCUGAAUGUUGAGUAUGUCCUGGAGAGUCUCUUUUUAUAUCCAAUCAGGUGCUUUUGUGCCAAUAGGAUUGCUCUUUCUAUUAUAUCCAAACAAGUAUUUCAGUUAUCUUGAAUUCAACUCAAAUAAAGAGAAUAUUGAUAAUAACCUUUCUGAAUCACGAAGUAAAUACUCUUAUGACUCUGAAGAUGAUGCAGAUGAUGAAUUUCAAUUUCUUGAAGGUGAAACAGGUCAUCCUUGAAGUAUUCAGCCAAAGAGAGGGGAAUCCUUUCAUAGAAAAUUAUCAACUAGUCGAGGCCCUGCUGUUCUUCUGAGUAGCAAGAGAUAUCCUUACUAAUUUUAACCCCCAAUUCUCCAUUGAACAAGUUUCAUUAAGCCACAAAUAACCUUG